AUGCAGGGAAGCUUGAGGAAUGCAACUAAAGGUGGAAAAGCCUCAAGCAAAGAAAGAAAAUUGGCGUUGCAACAAGAUGUGGAUAGGUUGAAGAAGAAGCUUAGGAAUGAAGAGAAUAUCCAUAAGGCAUUGGAGAGAGCUUUCAAUAGACCUUUGGGAGCUAUGCCUCGUCUUCCUCCUUAUCUCCCUCCCCAUAUACUAGCCCUUCUGGCUGAACUGGCAGUUCUGGAAGAGGAAAUUUUUAGGCUUGAAGGGCAGGUAGUGAAUUUCAGACAGGAUUUGUACCAGGAAGCUGUCUACAUGUCAUCUUCUAAGAGGAAAAUGGAGCACUCAGAUUCUCCAAACAAAUCAAACCCAACAAUGGAUAGUCCCAAAUUGGAUAAAUUGAAGUCUCUUUCCCAAACAGAUGGUAAUAAUCCAGCAACAUCUGCAACUAGGCCUACCACAACACUCCCAGAGAAUGGACAAGGAAAAGAGAAUCAAUCAUGUACUAAUUCUUCCAAGAGCAUGCAGCAAUCUUCAAACCAAAUGAACAAAACUCCAAUUAAAAAACUUAAUUUUGACAAUAAAUCACUGCAGAAAAAGUGGGAACCUCCAAAAAGACAGCAAGAACCAAGGGUAAACGACCAGAAAAUUGUAGAAGCAAGAAAUCCUAGUCCACACAAAAUGCCACCUGUAGCUGACAGCCCAAAUAUAGUUUCUGAAAAUAUUCUAAAGUGCUUAUCAAGCAUUCUGUUGAGAAUGAGUGCUGUGAAGAAUCCACGUUAUGCAGGUGACAUACCACCCUUUUGGGAUCCGUAUGGUAUCUGUUUGGAAUUUGGAAAGAGGGAUAUUGGUCCGUACAAGCAAUUAUGUGCAAUUGAUGCUAAAUCUUUCAAUCCAAAACGAGCUGCAAAUACUUUGUUUUUACUACAUCGGUUAAAACUUCUUUUUAGGAGACUAGCCUCUGUCAACUUAGAGAACCUCAACCAUCAGGAGAAGCUUGCAUUCUGGAUCAACAUCUAUAACUCGUGUAUGAUGAAUGCAUUCAUAGAGAAUGGUAUACCAGAGAGUCCUGAAAUGGCUGUUGUGCUGAUGCGGAAGGCAACAAUUAAUGUGGGUGGACACAUGCUAAGUGCAACAAUCAUAGAGCAUUUCAUUUUAAGACUUCCUUAUCACUGGAAAUUUACGUUUUCCAAAGGAGCAAAAAAUCAUGAAAUGACAGCAAGAAGCAUAUAUGGACUCGAGUUUUCAGAGCCCUUAGUGACAUUUGCUCUAUCUUGUGGAACAUGGUCCUCUCCUGCUGUGAGAGUCUACACAGCAUCCCAGGUUGAGAAUGAAUUGGAAGUGGCCAAAAGAGAGUACUUACAGGCAACAGUUGGAAUUUCAACAUCUAAGUUUGCUAUCCCAAAGCUUCUGGAUUGGUAUUUACUGAACUUUGCAAAAGACUUGGAAUCAUUGAUGGAUUGGAUCUGCCUCCAGUUGCCAAGUGAACUGAGGAAAGAAGCCAUUACAUUCCUUGAGAAAAGAAAAACUGAACCCCUCUCACAAUUUGUACAAAUUUUGCCAUAUGAGUUCAGUUUUAGAUACUUGCUAUGCACAUAGUUUUACUCCAGUUUUCUCUAUAUUGUUUUAUUGGUGUUGGGGAUGCAAUUAUGUAUACAGCUGUAGAUCAUACA